AUGUCGUACAAUAGAAAUGCAAACUAUGGAUAUUUCCGCGGAGGAACCGAAAUCUCACGAAAUCGUAAUUAUCCACUUUGGCAUUUAGAAGAUGUUCUAUUGCCCUUAUUUGAAAAAGAUUACACAUAUGAUAGUUUGCGUGAAACAAUACGAAGCGCUAAUCAUAUCUGGUGUGCUUACGAGCAUGGAAAAUGUGUUGCUUGUGCAUUGAUUACCGAUGUCGGAACAAAUGGUGGACUUUAUGUAAUGCUCUUUGGUGUAAGAAAGUCAGCACAAGGCCGAGGUAUUGGGAAACAAUUGCUAGAAAGUAUUAUUCGAUGGUCACGUCGACAAGGAUAUAGUUUUCUCUAUCUACACACCGAAUAUGAUAAUAAGAAGGCGAUUGGAAUGUACGAAAGAGCUGGUUUUCAACAAGAAGUUUUUGGAAAUAUUUUUCGAGAACAAUUGCCGCAAUUCGGAUCAGAUGUCUUAUCGAUGAUAUUGUUUUUAAUGUAG